GCUCAUUGUUUAUGUUGAGAUGAAUUGAUCUACCCCGUUUAUUCUCACUGUGCAUACGACAUUCAUAGUUGUUUUCAUCUGUGCACGAGGAGCAGAACCUCCACACCGAGCGAACAUUUUGCUUCGUGUGCCUGCUUCUUGAUGGAGAACCACGGCGAAGCAGUGUCGGAAUUAUGGGCGAACGCGGUGGCAGAUCAGCGGCGACCUGGUUGGACUUCAGUGCCCCGCACCUUUCGACGACCCAGCCAGGAAGCUCGCGCGGUUCCGCCGGGAAGACCUUCGCCUACUCCAAAGGGCGGCCUUGUGGCAAGGGGCUUGGGCGUUUGUGCGUGGAACAAGACGAGUGGGAGCGAUAUGCGGCAAAACAUGCGCCCGCGGCGCGGCUGGAGCGCGGAAUCAAGACGCCCACCGCUGAAGCCUAUCCGCCGCCCCCGCGACCGGCGCCGACGCCGACUGCCAGAGCCGGCGGGAAGCCCCCGCAGCCGGC